AUGGACUUUGUGAUGAAGCAGGCUCUGGGAGGAGCCACCAAAGACAUGGGGAAGAUGUUGGGAGGAGAAGAGGAGAAGGAUCCAGACGCCGCUAAGAAGGAGGAGGAGCGGCAGGAGGCGCUGAGGCAGCAGGAGGAGGAGCGCAAGGCCAAGCACGCUCGGAUGGAGGCGGAGAGGGAGAAGGUCCGACAGGGCAUACGGGACAAGUACGGGCUGAAGAAGAAGGAGGAGAAGGAGGCGGAGGAGAAGGCGGCCCUGGAGCAGGCGUGUGAGGGUUCACUGACACGCCCUAAAAAGGCCGUGCCCAAAGGCUGUGGCGACGAAGACGACGAAGACGAGGAGAGCAUCCUGGACACCGUGCUCAAGUUCCUGCCUGGCCCCCUGCAGGACAUGUUCAAGAAGUAA